AUGCGAACAGUCGAAGAGGCGGCGAGGCGAAGAAGCGAGAGAGCGAGGGAGCGAACGACCGAAGGAGCGAAAGCGAGCGAUCAGAGGAAGGAAGCGCGAUUAAGGGAUUGCGCUGUUCCAUUACGCCCUUCGAUCGAGUUCGAUCCGAUCGUCGACCAGGAAUGGCUGAAACUUCCAAUAUUUCAUAUAUCGCUUCGCAACUCGCAGCCAAUCGAUGCACUGAUCGUAGAAGCGGCAGCAGUUUGGUGGACAACGAUUGGCCGCACGAUGAAGACGGCGUGA